CGGAGCAUGAGAGCAUGAGGCUUGCGAGAUGCUGUUGGUCGCUGGGGGCGGUGACGUGCGCGACACUGAGACACUGAGACACUGAGCCGCUGCGAACGCUGAGACACGGGGAGCGAGCGUGGUUUUUCCUGCGUCGUCCAUGCCGGUCCAAGCCGCCAUACCGCCAUGCCGCCAACUCCGAGAGAUGGUCGGUCCCUGGACGGGCCAAGUAACGCCAUGGUAUCGGGUGUGCAUGUGUCGCGUGUAACGAAUGUAUCCAAUGUAUGCCAAUGUAUCGAAAGUAUGCUCAAGUAUUGUCUCUAUUACCACCACACUUUACUAAACUCCUCUCUAUCGGUCUCUCCCACACACACACGCAAAUCCCGGAAUCCCGACAUCCACGCGUAAUUGAAGGCACACAGACGCACACUCUCUUCGCCCCCGUCCCCCGUCUUGACAUCACAGCUCCGAUGCAAGCAAGUUCUUUCGGCCCUUUGCCCUUUUUGCCCGACGUCAACGUGGACGACACGUUGGGCCGAAGCUCGGGAAGAAAAAGAAAAAAGAAAGGAAAAAAGGUGGUUGGGGUGGGCCCGGAACGGAAGGGGGGAGUGUGCAUCAUCUCGCACUUACAUGGCCAUGGCAUGCAGCGAAGCCAACGCCCCCAGUAUGAGUUGUAAGACAAGUAGGAACACGCAGGACACGCAGGACACGCAGGGAGCAACAAAAAGACCGCCAAAUGUCGAUCAUCGGGCGGACCUAGUGAUGAUGAUGCUGAUGAUGAUGAUAAUGGGCCCUAAGUCCAAGGGAAGCAAAGGAUAAGUACUGCGUAGGACCAGAAACUACCACAAGGGGCGCUCCAUCGCUGCGCAGGAUCGAAGAUGGGAUCUGCUACAAGGAACGACUUGGGAUGAUCCCUGGGAUGCACAGCAGGGGAGCGGGGACCCUGACGGGGAUGACGCCCCAGGGCGGGUUAGCCGGUUUCUUCAGCGAGCUGCCACAGACGGCGCAAGGCGUGGCUUGCAGGGAUGUCUACCGGGGAUGCGGUCGAUCAGCGCGCUAGCAAGGCCCCUGGGGAUUGGAGCAGAAAGGCGGAAAUCCCUUGAUCCUGGAGCGUUGGAGCGCUGGAGGCUGCCUUUGUUCCAACCUCCAGGGCCUUUCUUCCAGGGCCCUUCUUCCAGGCCCCUCCAGCGCCGCCCCAGGUCGGUGAGGUGGCGUCCCUUAGGGGGGGACCCUGUGGCCCAGCGGUGGCCAGCCCCUAGAGCCAGCCCCAAAGUCGGUCGGUCGGUCGCCAUGCUCUCUCUCUCCCCCAGUCGCCGAACCGUCCGCAAUCAGUUGGCUUCCUUCGCCCCCAAUCUCGCAGGCCCUCUCUUUCAGCCAUCGGAGCCAGGGGAGCCCGCCAGCCCGGGGGGGCUCCCCUACGCCGGCAGGCAUUCUUUUUCAGCUGCAAGCCCGUGCCAGGGCCGACGUUGCUGGAUCUGGACGAAGACACGGCACACGCGUGACGGUGGCGGCCAUACAGAUCCCGAUUCUGCCAUGUCAAAUGUUCGGUGACCAGCGCCCCCC